AUGACAGAUAUUGAGCAACAUACCAUUCACUUACCCAAUCGAUCAGCUACUACCAAGUCUACUGCUGUGGAAGAUACCGAGGCUUUAUCGUCUGAGCAAAGUCCACCUGGUGCUGAUGAUGCGUAUGAAGAAUUGGCAGCAGUAGUCGUAAUUUCUGCCGGCAAAUUCUCUCGUCGCUUCAAGCUUGAGAAAUAUAUCUUCUCUCAGAUUGAUGAUUAUUCUGAGAGUAAAGUUCUCAUAGUAGAGGGCGUGAAGCCUUCAUGGGGACGAAGAAUCCUUGAUACCUUGGAGGAACAUCGGACACGAUCGACAUGGAACGCGGUUAGUAGAAAGUUGACGAUCAAAAUUAGGCCUCGUUGGAUCCACGAUUGCAUCCAGCAAUGGUGGGCAGAAACCGUGACUCAGAUGAGCGUCAAUGGACUGAUGACAGAUAUGGAGCGAAGCCAGAUUGGUUCCUUCGUCGGGACGACCCUGAAGUUCGAGUCCGGCCCAUACCAGAAUUCCCGAAAAGAACCCGACCUCUUUGUGAUUCCGAAGCUGGCCACAGACAAUUUGCUGACCAUAGUAUUUGAAGUUGGAUGGUUAGAGUCAUUCAAAGACCUCAAAGAAGACAUAGAUUUGCUGCUUAAGGGCGGAGAAGGCUCUACUAAUGCCGUCGUUGUUGUUAAGUGGACCAAGCACAGGUUCACUAAGCGAAUUCGUGGGUUCGCGGACGUAUAUGUUAGAAACAUAUACGGGGACCCUGCGCUCCGACAGCACGAAGCUAUAUUCCCUGUUUCUCUUGUUCCCUCUGUCCCUGUCUUGCAUUUCCCUGUUGCCCAUGUUCCCGCCCCCCUUGUGCCCACAGGAUCAACCCACCAAAUGGCCACACGCCGUGGCAAGCGUCCUCCGGCACCUUUACGUACUCCUCACCAGCGACCUCCUCCGCCUCCUCCACCUCUCCCCACUGGGGGGUCCGCAACGCCUAAUUUUGACUCAUGA